AACUUCCUGUACCUCGGCAUCUAGAAAAUUAAAUCAUAAAAAUUAGCCUUUGUUUUAUUUUGUAAAUGUAAAACUGCAUUACUUACUUUGUCUUGGCCUUUUCAAUGGCAGUGAGACGGUCAUCAACACCACUUAUGAGUUUUGCUACCAGGGUCUCAAUGGCAUCCAGUUUCUGGAUUAUAUCUGAAAUACAUAAAUGUAUUUUUUUAAAGCAAAUACAAAUAUAUUUAUAUAUUAAUACAUUAUAGCUGCCACCAGACGAUGGUGACAGUACCACAAUUUUUGAAGAAUUUUCUGAAGGAGCGUAAACGAGAUUAUAACAUAUUUAUUUAAACACUUUAUCUAUAAAAAAUAUUAAAAAAUGCAACAUUUUUGUGUUCAAUACAACAUCUAUGGAACCUCAACGGUUGUGAGCAUUCCACUUCGGAAUCCAUUUCUUCCACAAGGUCAGCAAAAUUCAUUCUAUGAAAAGUCAUAAAAAAGUUGAUGAAUGAGUGGAACUAACGCCCCUAUUGCGAUUUUCAACCCGACUUGGUUGAAUUGAAGUUAAGGCAACUCAACUUCAGAUCAACCAAACUCUUUUUCGGUAUUGCGAACUUCAACUAAGUUCAGUCGAAGUAUGAUUGGCGUUGCCAACCUAAGAAAGGGAAAUUUGACAGAUAGUGAAACAGCUAAAAUUUUGUAAACGACAUAUUUAAACAAUUGAAUUCAGUUGUCGCUCGCGACAAUUUAUAUUACAAUGACGAAAAUACUGGGGGCAAAAUUAAUGUGCUACGUAUGCGAAAAAGCCUUCGUGAUCACUCAAAUCCAUUGGAGCUUCCAAAUGCAAAGUAAGCCAUAGUUUUUUCACAAUUGAAUUGCUUUUUAAUAAUGUUUGUUGCAGAUUCAUAAGUUAUUUUCGAUUAAAUAAAGAAGCAUUUUGUUUUUUACUGAAUGAGAUGAAGGAACAUUUCCACAAACGUGUGCGAGGAACGGCCAUACCUCCUAUAUUAAAAUUAUGCGCAACUCUGCGUUUCCUUGCUGACGGUGGUUAUCAAAAAUGCAGUGGAAAUGAUUUUAACAUUGGGUUGGCGCAAGCUACGAUAUCUUUAGUAAUUAAAGAGGUUCUAAAUAUAAUUGAACAACGUAUUUGUGCCCAAUGGAUUAAAAUUCAAAUGACUGAGGAGGAGCAAAACGCUUCAAAAGUUUCAUUUUAUUCAAAAAGUGCUUUCCGGGAGUAGUUGGUUGCAUCGACGGAACUCAUGUUCGCAUAAUUUCACUAAGAAGAGAAGUGCAACAUCUUUAUCUUAACAGAAAGGGCUACUACAGUUUAAACGUGAUGAUUCUUUGUGUUUAUAAAAUGUCUAUUCGGUAUGUGGAUGCUAGGCAUGCAGGCGCAAAUCAUGACUCUUUUGUUUUCAAUGUUAGCGAUUUGAAAGUGCAUUUACAGAAAAACAUACAGAAUAACACUUGGAUCUUGGGCGACGCUGGCUAUCCUCUGCACAAAUUUUUAAUGACGCCUUAUCGCUUGGCGGAAGCUUCUUCACCCCAAGCACGCUACAAUACAGCACACUCAAAGGCCCGGAAUAUUGUAGAGCGGACAAUUGGUGUACUCAAGAGUAGAUUUCGAUUUCUUUUAUCUGUACGAGGUUUACAUUACACUCCCGAAAAGGCUACGCAAAUUGUGAAUGCUUGUUGCGCAUUGCACAAUAUUUGCCAACACUUUCAAGUGGAAUCUCCGGAAGAAAUACCAUCUACUUCACAUACUACAAUGACCAAUGAUAUUUUGGACAUAGAAAGAGAAGAAGAGGAUACGGCUCGAAUAAUUCGCAAUAAUUCAUUCAAAUAUUCAUUUAUUAUUUCUAAUGUGCUAUUUAUUCAGGCAUAUAUUUAAAUUUUAUUUAAAUAA